GACAGGCAAAAUGUGCGACAGCCGCUUGCAAGGCAAGGAGGAAGCUGGUUUAGAGCCUCUUCGCCUUGUUUAAAGGCAGGGUUGGUUGCUGCCUUGCACUCUUCAGAUUCCAGUUCCCUUCUCCGCCCCUCUAGUGGUCGGGACAGCGGGUUUGGGGAGAGGGAAAGCAUUCGGGGAGCAGACUGAGGGAUUGACCUAAGUUUGGAGUUUAGAUGAGAUCGUAGUCUCCUUUCUUCCCCCCCCACCCCCCCACUCCCUUGAGCCCCGUUCUUGCCAGCAGCAGCCUCCAGGUAUACAGUUCAGGCAGGAGGAGGGGACGUUCCCGGCUGCAUUAGCGUCCAACAUGGAUAGAGAAAUGAUACUGGCUGAUUUUCAGGCAUGUACUGGAAUAGAAAAUAUUGAUGAGGCUAUCACCUUACUUGAACAAAAUAACUGGGAUUUAGUGGCAGCUAUCAAUGGAGUUAUACCACAGGAAAAUGGCAUUUUAGAAAGUGAUUAUAGUGGAGAGUCUUUACAAAGGCCUGCCUAUGGUCCUGCUAGUCAUCCUUCGUCAUCAUCUUCAGCACCUUCCUCCUCGUCUAUAUUUCGCCAUGUAGUGCCAUCCAGACAAAUAGUGGAAAGACAACCACGAAUGCUUGACUUCAGAGUGGAAUACAGAGACCGAAAUGUGGAUGUGGUACUUGAAGACAGUUCUACAGUUGGAGAGAUCAAACAUAUUUUAGAAAAUGAGCUUCAGAUUCCUGCAUCAAAAAUGUUGCUAAAGGGCUGGAAGACUGGAGAUGUAGAUGAUAGUACUAUUCUAAAAACUCUACACUUGCCCAAAAACAACAGCCUCUAUGUCCUAACACCCGACUUGCCGCCACCAUCUUCAUCAAGUCUGCCAGGUGCCCUGCAGGAAUCAUUAAAUCAAAACUUCAUGCUGAUUGUCACCCAUCGAGAAGUCCAGCGGGAGUACAACCUCAACUUCUCAGGAAGCAGUACCAUUCAGGAGGUUAAGCGAAAUGUGUAUGACCUGACUAGCAUCCCUGUUCGUCAUCAGUUGUGGGAAGGCUGGCCUGCUUCUGCUACAGAUGACUCAAUUACUUUAGCAGCCUCAGGAAUCUCUUAUCCUUGCCACCGACUUACAGUUGGAAGAAGGUCUUCACCAGCACAAACUAGAGAACAAUCAGAAGAGCAAUGCACAGAUGUACAUAUGGUUAGUGACAGUGAUGGAGAUGACUUUGAAGAUGCUACAGAAUUUGGAGUGGACGAUGGAGAGAUGUUUGGUAUGGCAUCAUCUGCAUUGAGAAAAUCUCCAAUGAUGCCGGAAAAUGCUGAAAAUGAAGGAGAUGCCUUAUUACAAUUCACAGCAGAAUUUUCUUCAAGAUAUGGUGACUGCCAUCCGGUAUUUUUUAUUGGAUCUUUAGAGGCUGCCUUUCAAGAGGCCUUCUAUGGGAAAGCUAGAGACAGGAAGCUUCUUGCUGUCUACCUCCAUCAGGAUGAAAGUGUGCUGACUAAUGUAUUCUGCUCUCAAAUGCUUUGUGCUGAAUCUAUUGUUUCCUAUCUUAGUCAGAACUUUAUAACAUGGGCAUGGGAUAUGACAAAAGAAGCAAAUCGAGCAAGGUUUCUAACAAUGUGCACAAGACACUUUGGCAGUGUUGUAGCUCAGACUAUUCGGACUCAGAAGACGGAUCAGUUUCCACUGUUCCUUAUUAUUAUGGGAAAACGAUCAUCAAAUGAGGUGUUGAAUGUAAUACAAGGAAACACAACAGUGGAUGAGCUAAUGAUGAGGCUGAUGGCUGCAAUGGAGAUCUUCAGUGCUCAGCAGCAAGAAGACAUAAAGGAUGAGGAUGAACGUGAGGCCCGAGAAAAUGUGAAGAGAGAACAGGAUGAAGCUUAUCGAAUCUCCCUGGAAGCUGACAGAGCAAAAAGGGAAGCACAGGAAAGAGAAAUUGCAGAGCAGUUUCGCUUGGAGCAGAUUAGAAAAGAACAGGAGGAAGAGCGUGAAGCUAUAAGGCUCUCUUUAGAGCAGUCUUUGCCUCCCGAGCCAAAACAGGAGAGCACCGAAUCAGUUAGUAAACUGCGUAUCCGAACACCCAGUGGAGAAUUCUUUGAACGGCGUUUCCUGGCCAGUAGCAAGCUGCAGGUCGUCUUUGAUUUUGUAGCUUCCAAGGGGUACCCCUGGGAAGAGUUCAAGCUACUAGGGACCUUUCCCAGGAGAGAUGUUUUCUUGUUCUUUUUUCUUUUCACAGGUAACCCAGCUGGAUCCAAAUAAAUCAUUAUUGGAGUUGAAAUUGUACCCUCAAGAAACGCUUUUCCUAGAGGCAAAAGAAUAGACAAAGCCAGAUUGGAGGACUAAGUAAUUAUUUGAUAACGAAUAAGGCACGGCGAACGCUUUAUCCAAAUCACUGUGUCCUAUCAUUUAAGUCAGAUCAAUGUCCCAACUCUGCCUCUUUCAAGAAGCUGGGAAGAAUGAAUAAACAUAGCUCCUUAAAAAUUUCCCAUACAUGAGUAUGUGUUUUCAACCUCAUUUAAAAGAGCAGAGAAAAUACUCUGCAACAAACACUGAACACUAUGAGUCUGUUGCUCACUUACCAUCUGGCUUUUGUUAUAAUUAAUGCACUGUUAAAAUGUGAGUGAUUGUCCAGUAGAAUUUUUACUCCUCAAUUACCCCCUUUUUCACCAAGAAUUCUUGGACAUUUCUGCCUGUACUUUUGACACUAGAAUACUGUAUAUUUGAUAUCUUGCUAAACCAGUGCUCUUAUAUAUGUGCAUUUUCUUUCUGUGUUUGAAAUUCGAUUUUGCCACCUAAUUUUUUUAAAAGGCAGAAAAAACAAUAAAUGGGACAUUUUCAUCCUUGGAGAUUAAAUAGUAUUGUAGUAGUAGAAAGCAGAGGGUGUUUUUGUUUUCCCCUGUACUUUCUGACUCUUUCAUAAGAUGUAAGGUUUUGUUUGGAGAAGAUAGCUUGACAUAUAUGCAAGAUAUUUAUUUACUGAUUUUUAUUUUUAUUUUGCUUUGGAUCUCAGUCCAGAUUCAGUUUGGGGAGUAUUUUCCAUUACAUUGCAAUGUGCUGAACUGCUGAUAAUGUGAGUACCUAAAUAAUGUUUUAAAAAAGGGACUGUAGUGAAUGACUGGUACCCAGCUGACAGUUCAGAAAUAAACAGGUAUUGGCUAUCAACUUCCAAAGCAGCACAAAUAGUAGACAUAAAAAUUCUUUGCUCAUCACUGUAGAAGAAAUUACAGGACUCUUCUCCUCCCCCUCUCUUGUUUGUUUCAUUUCAUUUUGCUUUUUGCUUUUUUCCAUUCUGACACUGGUUUGUAUUAUUUUUCUUGCAGUUUUUAAGCACCUUGUUUGUUUCACCAAACAAUAAAAAUGUAAAAUGACAGUGUAUUAAGAAACGUUUCUCUUUUCAGAUUUUGAUUAUGGACCCUGAGAAAUGUGUACUUCUAUCCAAGGGGCUGGUCCUAGAGUUUGGAGCAUUCAGAUCAGCACGCUGCCUAAAGCUACAUCAAAAUAGUUUUGUAAGCUUUUUUUUUUUUUUUAAUAGUAAACUACAGACUCUAGGCCUAGACUGUGACAUACAAAAGCACCGUGGAAAACUCAGCUUCUAAAGAAUAUAUUGGUUUUCCAUUAUUUCUCCAUUUGACAUAUCUUCUUUAUUGUAGCAGACUGCCACCCUAUUGAAAGAAUUAAUACAAAUUGGAAACAAAAUUUAUGCAUUUCUUUCAUCUAAUUCUCUUUUGAGUGGAGUAAUGAAAUUAGAGUAUAACUAUUUUAAGUGUUUAAGGGUACAGAUAUAUUAUUUUUAUCGAAUAUGGAAAAGGUGUAGAAGUGGAGGAAUAUGAGUCUUAUAAAAUUCUGUUAGUGAAUUCACAUAGGACAUAUAUUAGAAGAACUAAUGUAUUUGUGUCAACUGGAAUUGUUGUAUGUGUGGUAUGUUUUAAUCACCUACAGUACACACAAAUAAAUAAAUAAAUUCUCAAAUUGCCAAGGGAAGAAAAGGGUAAUGGAAAAACUCAACUGCUUACCUACAAGUUGAAAAUGGAGAUAACAAAGUUUUUUUUGAUACAUAAGUAGGAGAAUGGAACCUAGCUUAUGUAAAGAGUAUAGGUCCCAUGGAUUUCAUUUAGAAAAAAGGGCAUGCUUAAUUUUUUCAGGGGAAUCAAUGGGGCUUCACAGUGCUUUACAGCAUGCAUAAAAACUAUUUAAUCACCAAUAACAAGGCUGUGAUGUACACAUCUUAACCAAAUAGUCCCAUUAUUGUAGAAGCAAAUGGAUUUUAGACUGUAACUUUAAUUAGCAGAUAUUGAAGAUGCCCUUUCACGUUGUUUAUUUUUCCUUUUAAAUAUACUUUUUGCUGAAAUGUCAAUAUGCAUUGUAUUGGAUACAGAGGUGACCAUCUGGGAACGGAAGGGUUGUUUCUGUUGGCAGGUUUUCAGAAGCAUGGGAAACUUCAGUGAGCAGCAAGUAUCAGGGAAAGUUGCUUUAGCUAGACAUUAUCUUUAAUCAGUUUUUAAAGUAAAUUUUAAUCUCCUUCUGAUCCAUUCUGUCCCAUGCUUCUCUUUUACCCAUUCUAACUUCAGUAUUUGUUUAUAUCAGAUGAGAAAAAAAAGUGUCAUUUGUCACAGCUUAAAAAAUGAGGUCCUGAACUGAGGUACAGACUAGGCUCUAGAUUAGCUCAAUAUGUGGUUCUUCUGAGUGGGAGUUUUCAGUGAAUUAAGGCAAAUGUCUUGAUGGUUGUCAGAAAUGAUCACUGUUCCAUAUUUCAAACAAUUAGUUUCCUAUAUCCUUCCACAAUUUGAUCAGCAUUUGUGGACACGUUAAUACUUUGUGGCUGGUAAUGUAGAAUCCAACAUGACAUUGGUUUCAGUCUCCUUUGUGCAAUCCAGUUAUCAUUUUGGCCACAUAAAAGUGCUCAUCUACUGUUGCUGUUCUCUUUGAAUCAGUGAGUCAUCUUCUUGGAGGGCUGCAAAGUUAUAUCUUCCUCUUGAAAUAAAAUAUUGAUAAUGAUU